AAGUGAGUCAGCUAACAAAAACAGAAACUAAUAAGGAAGGAAGGUAAAGUCACUGAAGAAAAAGAAAAGAAAAAGUAAACGCCACUCACUCAGAGCUUCACUAGAAAAGUGAAGUAAUUUGGUGUUUUUUGAAUCAAUCUUUCUUCAAAGUUUUGUUCUUUGUUUAACCUUCUUCCUCCACAUGGGUCGUCUUCUUCUCUUUCUCAUUAUCUUUAGCUUCCUUGUAUUUUCUUUCUUCUCAGAGGUACAAUCAGCGUCGUUCAAGAUUGUGAACAAGUGCCGCUACACGAUAUGGCCAGGAUUACUCUCCGGCGCCACCUCUCCGCCGCUACCCACCACCGGAUUCGCCCUCAAUAGCGGCAAUUCAAAGACCAUUAACAUCCCGAAAUCUUGGUCGGGUCGGAUAUGGGCACGGACCCUCUGCGGCCAAGACCCUGACGGAAAGUUCUCUUGCGUCACCGCCGACUGUGGCUCCGGCAAAGUAGAGUGCGCCGGCGGCGCCAAACCGCCCGCCACAUUGGCGGAGUUCACCCUGAACGGCGCCGACGGGUUGGACUUCUACGACGUGAGUUUGGUCGACGGUUACAACCUUCCGAUGCUGAUCGUGGCCAAGGGUGGCACCAGGGGCGGAUGCAGCGCCACCGGCUGUCUGGUUGACCUUAACGGCGGAUGUCCUGCGGAUCUCAGGGUGGCGCGUGCGAAUGGUAGCCGUGGUAGCGUCGCGUGCAGGAGCGCGUGCGAAGCUUUUGGUGAUCCCCGGUAUUGCUGCAGCGAGGCGUACUCCACGCCCGACACGUGUAGCCCUUCUGUUUAUUCCCAGUUCUUCAAACAUGCUUGCCCACGCGCGUAUAGCUACGCGUAUGAUGACAAGACCAGCACAUACACGUGUGCCUCGGCUAACUACUUGAUCAUAUUUUGUCCCUUACCCUACACGAGUCAAAAAUUGCUGGGAGCAAAGAAAGAUGGCGCACUGCUUCCUCUGGUAAAUAAAACUAUGAUGUACUUAUCAAGGCUACAAUCUGGCGGUUCUUCAUCAAAAGGUCUGAUCCAAAUGCAGAGUGUAACUAAUUUUGCCACUGUGGCAGUGAUAUUUUUCCUGUUCUGCUCUCUUUGACAUCCUUUAUGGCUUACCUUUGCAUGGAUACUUCAGGUAGAUAGCAACAAGAAACCUAGCUGGUUUUUAAUGUAGCCGUGUAAGCUCUUUAUGUUUUCUCCCUUCUGACUAUUUUUAACUUUAAACUAUCAAAUGGCUGCUCUGCUGAUUCUACUCAUCAUGCAGGACAUGAAGGAUAUCAUAUAGGAAAUACUGUAAAAAAAAAAUGGUUGUUGUUGUCUCUUUUUUUUCCCCCUUUAAAACACGUCAACACUUCAAUAGUUGAUCUCUGGCGAUCCAACAAUUCUGGUUUUAACAACAGAGAGGAAGUACCAAUUUGCAAAAUAUUCUGGAGUCAAGAUUUUGCAAAUUAUGAGAGGCUCUAUAAUAGGAUUCGUUACAUGAGGCUACAGUGUGUACAUGAGAUAGUUUUAUGGAGUGAUGUUUCGUGCACAAUUAUUGGAUUCAAUAUGCACAAAUGGAUACAUAUUAAAUUUA